AGUUCCUUGAAGACGACAAAGAUGGAGCGUAUCAAGCAUCAAGGACCAACAUGUUGGUUUGACAGCCUGACUUUCGGCGUCACGGCCCACAACAGGGCCGCUGGAGAGGGGCCUUGAAUGAGGUUGACACUCGCGUACGGAGAUGGACCCAUCGCGGGAGAAGACUGGGCCGAUGAAAAGCCCACCCACCGUCCACGGCCCCGUAGACACGAUAUCAAAUGUCCACGUAAGGAGGAGCUUGCGAACCCACCCAAAGCACAACGAAUUUCGCUCACCCAGUCGAAUAAGUGCGUGCUUUGGAGCUGGACUUCCUCACUAUCACGAGCUAACUCCCGCGCCCCGACCCCAGGCGCUGCUCCGCAGAACGACUCCAGAUUGGCCUCGUAAAGCGGGCCCGCUACGUUGCUUAGACUCUCGACCGACUCCUCUGGCGUCGACCUAGUACCGUUUCAACCUGAUUGCGUAUUGCGUACUGCGUACUCGGACCGGGGGGGGGGGCACCACCCUGCGCAGCACUCUGACAAAAAGUUGGUCAGUCAGUCGAUGGAGUCUCGAUAUCUCUCUCCACAGCUCCCAUGC